ACGAUGGCUUUAUUUGUUUUGUACGGGCUAUGUUUGCCAGUGAAGCUUUAUACACGAAGAAUUAACGUCGUUCUGUUCUCAUUUUAUCAAAUGUCAUGUUUUCAUACGUCACGCCACGGGGUUAACACGAUAAAGAAUAAACUAAGUAGAAAAUAGGAUAUUUAUCGUUCAAAAACUUCAAUAAACACAAAACAUCUGUAGAAAGUAAGGUUUGUCACAUAUCAUUCCUUCUCAAUCACAAAUGAAGGGAAUAAUAUUGUAUUAGCAAUGACCAUGAUUCAACGUGGUCGAUUUGUUUUGACAGAAAAUAAUCCACAGAUUCAACAAUAUUAUCACAACAGGUGACAUGCGUCAUUUCAUUUGAACAGCGUGUGUAUAAUGUUGGGCUUGCUUAUUUACAUUUGUACCCUUAUAAGUGACAUUAUUCUUCAGAGUUGAAAUGACUGUAACCUGUGCUCCGCGCCUUUUUCUCGAAGCAACUCGUUACUUUACCUGGCGUUGAUAAUCGCGUUACGCCAUUGUCCAAAGCGGUUUAACCAGGAAUGAACAUGGUUCAAACAAUUGGAUACAAGAUUUCUGGCGCUAUGACAAACGAUUCGGGCGAUCGAGACUCGUUGGAAUCGAGCGGGAUCAUGUUAUCAAGUGUAUCAGAAAAUAGUGACGCACAAAGACCAGUAGGGAGGCAUAAGCAUCGAUCAGUUUAUCCGUAUCAUGAGCAAGGGAGUUGGAAAGACAAGAAUGUUCGUCUGCCACCGCUACCCGAACCACCAAUACCCAACGAUGAGAUAAACUCCAGCAAACUUACAGGAGAUAUGAAAUGCAGCUACAGACUUCCAUCGUCUACGUUAUCCUCGCCCAAGCUUCCAACACUUCCAGUUGGAGUUCCCCCCACUGUAGGAAAAUAUAGAAACCGUGCUCAUAUUAUCCCAGUGCUUAAUUUACCGGACCAUGUUACCCCUGAGCGACUCUCCCCGUUACCGGCCAACAGUUUGUUACGGGAGCAAUUCAUCCGGCAAAAGAAUAAUCCGACCCCUGACUUUUCCGACGAAGAAAUCCGAAAGAUUUGUGAGCAGUAUUCGAUCAUGAGAUUUUUGCAAUCAAGGGAAGAAAGGGCAGAGAUAGACGUCACCCCAGUAUCUCAAAAUAGCGUAAAACUUCGAAAGUCUUUGCCUUCCCUCGCCCACACUUAUCAUCGGUCCCUUGCUGCCAUACCGGAAGAUAAGAAACAAAGAAUAACAUGGAUUCCUCGUUUAAAAGCGUGGAUUCCAACUCAACAGCAGCGCCCGAUUCAAUACAUUCAGCUAAGCGGCGGAGCAAAUGUAACAGAGAAGUGUCACCCCAUAUGUUCUAAACAUCACGAUUUCUUUCAUAAUAACUUAAACUGGGAAAUAAUCAACGGCAAACCUUCGUUGUGUCCCAGAUAUACAACACAUCAUCAGCGCAAGAAUUCCAAGACGAAGCUUAAGCAAAUCAAGAACGUCAAUACCAAGAAUCGAAAACCACUCACCGUGCCACGAGAUCCAUUUAAAUCCCGUUUAGAUCGUAUUAUAAAGCGGCCAUGGGAAAAAGUUGUCAAGCCAAGGCAAGAUCCUUUGCCUCAACCCAUCAAAGAACCAGUAACUUUAGUGUUACCGGAUGACAAUGAAGACAGAAGUAAAUACCAUUGGAUGGUGGACAACUCUACUAUGACUGAAGAUACCUUAUCUGAUGUAUUUAGUGUUAGCAUCAGCAUUCCUCUACCCAUGGCAUCUCGACCGUCAACACCAUCAUACACAUCAGUAUCAAGUCAAGCUGCUUUUCCAGUAAGGAGGACAGACGUCAUCAAAGUCGAUAAAGGUUGUGACGUAAUGAGCUACACACCCAGUAGUUCUCGCACUCAAAGUGUAAUAACAGAAGUCUCAACACACAUAGACGUUUGUGAAGAAACUCCUGAAAUUUCAACUACGCCUAUUAUACCCAAAACCGACGAAGCGGAAGAUGUUAGCAUUCCGUGUAAUGGACCACCUAAGCUGUUAUUGCCCGAAGCUCCGACUAAAGUACAAACAGACACUGUUUUAAGUGACGUAGAAUCUGAACCACCAAAAGUCUCAACGAAGAAUGAUAUAGAUAACACCAGCACGGUUUUUACAGUGACUGUCGAAGGCGACAACAAUGCAGACGACGAUAUAUCGACCGCAUUUUCAGGCUACACAAGUGAUUCAUACGUUGCAAUAAUUGGAAGCGAUUCUGGAGAAAGUAGAAAGACGUCAGUAGGAAGUACUUCCACCAUUAAGAAACAAAAAGCAGUAAGGAAAAAUGCAAAACCUCCGCCUUUGCGGAUUCUUUCACCUGUCGUAGUUCCAACAUCUGUUAAUGAUAUUGGUAUUUCAACUGACACCGAAAGCAUUUCGACGACUGUUAAAGUAGACACACCUACUUCGAUACCGCCUCCUGUUUUCAAAGGAAGGACUAGCAGUUGUACGUCGAAUAGAUCUCAUCGUUCUGCUUUAAGUUUGAAUACACCAUCUCCUACGCCUUCGCAAAAAAGUGCAAGAAGGCGGGGACAAAUUAAACGGGACAUGGAGCUAACAGAGGAGCAGAAAAGAGCGAGAAAGGCGGAAGAACGGAGGAAACGAGCGAAUGAACGCUACGAGAAGAUGAAAUCAAGUCGGGUCAUUCCGCCUCCGCCAGCAAAUGUCUCGCCAAUGGAUAUCAACGACGCUGACGAGUUCCUUGCCAAGUUCUGUAUAAUCAACCCACAGAAAAUGGAGAAGUAUCAGCGCGCGUUUACAAGAGUAGACGCAGAUAAGGACGGAUAUCUGACAAUUGAAGAAGCGAUGGAGGCUGCUAAAAGAUCUGUGCCAACUGGUGCACUUGGAGAAACAGACUCCCAAUAUUUAACUAUGUUACUCGACCUACUUAAUCUGAACACGUAUUGGAUGAAUGUGGAUUUUCGAAUAUUUGCAAUAAUUGUUUCCUUGGCACAGAAGAUUGCAGCACUCGAUGAUUACAUGCGAGGUAUUAUCGACCGUUUUGACUUCAAAUCCCUUGACACAAAAAUGUGGAGAGCGCGCGAACUUUUUCGUCAGUUCAUUGACAACGUUGAAAAUGAAACUAUGUCCAUGGAAUCGCUGUGGACAGAACUGAAAGCAGGCGGAGUCAGUUACCACCACGAAAUGCAGGUGCGAAAGUCGCUGCAACAUCUUAAGAGCUUGGACGUUCUGGAUUUCCUUACUUACUUGCCUUUGUUCGCACUCACCCACACCCAGAUCAUCACAAACCCACUUUGUGACGAGAGAAUUAUCUAAGAUUAAAAUGCUGGAUGGAAGAAACCUUGCCGAAUACGGUGGUCGUGUAAGAAAAAAAGCGUUAUGGUGACAGCGUUCGCCAUUUGUAUUUUUGUGUUCGGUAAAAUAUGUAUAGCAAAAGAACACGGCGAAAAAUUUUCGUAACCGUGUGGUUUUGCCGACUCAUCAAAUUACACGCAUGUGCCUACGCAGCUUCUAGCCAAAAUCGGGCGACAGCGCCGACUGUGAAAGCCUUACGAUCGUUUUUUAUUUCCAUAGUUCCUGAUAGAAU